AUGACUGUCAUGGAUGCUGGCAAAGAGGAGGGUGACUUCACCAACCUUUAUGUGAAGUGCUUUCCAUCGCACUUCAAAGAGUCGGACCUCUGCGAUCUCUUCAGUGGCUUCGGACCAAUUCAGGCAGCCAAGGUCAUGACAGACAAUCGCGGCCGCUCUUUUGGCUUCGUCAAUUUCGAGCAGUCGAAGGACGCCAAAGAGUGCGUGCGACUCAUGCACUGCAAGGAUUUGCGGACGCGAAAGGAGCUGAAAGAGGCCAAAAAGCUGGAAGCAGAGGGGAAAGCACCCCCGGUUAAACGAGACGUGGAUGGUCACCCAGAGCAUCUUCUAUACGUCAGCCGAGCGCAGAAGCGAGAAGAGCGAGAAGCAAUGUUUCAGAAGCAGUUUGCGGAUAAGGGGCUGGGGCGGGGAGCCAGCAAGGGGAAAGGCAAAGGAGAUGGCAAAGGCGACCUCUUCAACGAAGGCAAUGGCUCAUUGCCGCAGUCGAAUCUGCUGAGCAGUGAUCCCUUCGAGGAUCUCGCGAGUGGUAACGCCUCUCAGGGCGUUUCCAUCCCCUUUCCUUCUUUACCAACGCCUGCGUGGCAGCAGCCGUCACAGUACGGCUAUGGAAGUGGCAACUGCCAAGAAGCUCAUGGCCCGAGCUUCCGCUAUACGAAUGGUCACGAUGCCGGAUUUUCAGGCUCUGGAGGAGGUGGUUGGUCGGCAUCAGAUACGUCUUCCACCAACUGGCAGGCAAUUGAAACACGCGUUGAAACAUGUUUUCGCAUUGGGAGUUUGGAGUGCACUGGUGGUCCGGUGAGGCUGUCUUUCUGUGCUCCACGAUGCCGGUAG